CUCUCUUUACUUCCCUGUCACUUAUUAUCCCACAAAAGUAGUCUGUCCAAAAAUGCCGCUGAACAUGCUUCUUCCGCGGCUUGGUCAGGGCGCACUGCAGACCCUGUCCCGCCCCACGUCGCUUGCCGGCAUGGCUGCUGGUAGGUUUAAAGCCCGCGCAACGCCGUUCAUGUCGGCUCUUGCCAACAAGCGGUACUCCUCCACGCAGCCCGAUGCCGCCGAUGUCGAGCGCCUGAGGAAGCUGCGCAACAUUGGAAUCUCGGCGCAUAUCGACUCUGGCAAGACCACGUUGACCGAGCGUAUCCUGUAUUACACAGGUCGGAUCAAGUCGAUCCACGAGGUGCGCGGCAAGGACAACGUUGGUGCGACCAUGGACUGGAUGGAGCUGGAGCGCGAGAAGGGCAUCACAAUCCAGUCGGCAGCCACGUACGCGCAGUGGGGCGAAACCAACCUUAACAUUAUCGAUACACCGGGUCACGUCGACUUCACAAUUGAGGUUGAGCGUGCUCUGCGCGUGCUGGAUGGUGCCGUGCUGGUUCUUUGCUCCGUCAGCGGUGUGCAGAGCCAGACGAUCACGGUCGACCGGCAGAUGCGCCGGUACAACGUGCCGCGCAUCUCGUUUAUCAACAAGAUGGAUCGGGCAGGUGCCAACCCGCAGCGUAUCAUUGAGCAGAUCCGCAACAAGCUCAAGAUCCCUGCGGCUGCCCUGCAAGUGCCCAUUGGUGCCGAAGACGCGUUCGAGGGUGUUGUGGAUAUUCUGAAGAUGAAGGCCGUGUAUAACCGCGGCGAGCGCGGCGAGGACGUCGUCCUUGAGGAGAUCCCUGCGCAUCUUGUCGAGAAGGUUAAGGAGGCACGCGAGGAGCUGGUUGCCACGCUGGCCGAGGUUGACGACGAGAUCGGCGAGCUGUUCAUCGAGGAGAAGGAGCCGACAGAGCAGCAGCUGCGGGACGCGGUCCGCCGUGCCACCAUUGCGCGCAAGUUCUCGCCGGUCAUGAUGGGCUCAGCCAUCAAGGACAAGGGCAUCCAGCCGCUGCUUGACGGUGUGAUCUCGUACCUGCCGACGCCUGUCGAGGUCAAAAACACCAUGCUGGAUAUUGAUAACAACGAGCAGGUCAUGGAUGUCGUGCCGUAUUCGAACCAGCCGUUUGUCGGCCUGGCCUUCAAGCUCGAGGAGGGCAAGUAUGGCCAGCUCACGUAUAUCCGCGUGUACCAGGGCAAGCUCGAGAAGGGCCAGUUUGCAUACCAUGUCAAGACCGGCAAGAAGGUUAAGAUCUCGCGCCUUGUGCGUAUGCACUCCAACUCGAUGGAGGAUGUCGACAGCGUGGGUGCUGGUGAGAUCUGUGCCUUGUUCGGCAUCGACUGCGCCUCUGGCGACACCUUCACCGACGGCUCCGUCAACUGCUCCAUGAGCACCAUGUUUGUACCCGACUCUGUCAUCUCGCUCUCGCUGACACCGAAGGACAAAAACUCGCCCAACUUCUCCAAGGCGCUAAACAGGUUCCAGAAGGAGGACCCGACGUUCCGCGUCCACGUCGAUUCCGAGAGCAAGCAGACCAUCAUCUCGGGCAUGGGUGAGCUCCACUUGGACAUCUACGUCGAGCGCAUGCGCCGCGAGUAUGGUGUCGACUGCAUCACUGGCAAGCCGCAGGUGGCCUUCCGUGAGACCGCCACAUGCCGUUCCGAGUUUGCCUACACGCACAAGAAGCAGUCUGGUGGUGCCGGUCAGUUUGGUCGUGUCCAGGGCUAUAUUGAGCCGAUCGACCCGGAGGAGCACGCCGAGACCCCGCACGAGUUCGUCAACAACGUUGUUGGCGGAAACAUCCCGACACAGUACAUUCCAGCCUGCGAGAAGGGCUUCUACGAUGGCCUGCAUGAGGGAUUCAUGGUUGGCCACCCGAUCGUUGGUGUGCGCAUGGUGCUCAAGGACGGUGCUGCGCACUCGGUCGAUUCCAGCGAACUGGCGUUCCGCCUCGCUGGCUUCUAUGCGUUCCGUGAGGCAUUCAAGGCGAGCAAUCCCCGCGUCCUCGAGCCAGUCAUGACCGUCGAGGUGUCGGCCCCGAUUGAGUUCCAGGGAAGCGUCCUGGGAUCCGUCAAUAAGCGCAAGGGCAUUAUCGUCGACACGGAUACCCAAGAAGACUACUGCGUCGUGACUGCCGAGGUCCCGCUCAACAACAUGUUUGGCUACUCGACUGAGCUGCGGUCGGCCACGCAGGGCAAGGGUGAGUUCUCGAUGGAGUACAAGCGCCAUUCGCCUGUCUUGCCGAACGUCCAAGAAGACAUGGUCAAGGAGUACCAGAAGAAGCUGGCUGAGAAGAAGUAAGACACCUAGAUGCUUGGCUGGCAAUUGCAAUACUAUUCAC